AUGCAGCGCUCCCGGGCGGCCGCGGACGAGGCGGCCCUGCUCCUGGCCGGGCUGGCCCUGCGGGAGCUGGAGGCGGGCGGCGACUCUCCGGGCCGGGCUCGGCGGGGGCUGCGGCCUGGGCCCGGCGAGGAGGCGGCGCCGGCGCUGGGCCGCAGAGGGAAGGGCGGCGGCGCCCCCGAGGCCGCGGCGGACGGACUGAGCCGCGGGGAGCGCGGCUCGCGGCGCGCGGGGGCCCCCGAGCUCGGCGCGCAGCCGGCCGGCAGCCCGCGCGCCAGCCUGGCGGGCUCCGACGGCGGCGGCGGCGGCGGCAGCGCCCGCUCCAGCGGCAUCAGCCUGGGCUACGACCAGCGCCACGGCAGCCCGCGCCCCGGCCGCUCGGACCCGCGCCCCGGCCCCGGGCCGCCGUCGGCGGGCAGCGCCCGCUCCAGCGUGUCCAGCCUCGGCUCCCGCGGCUCGGCCGGCGCCUACGCCGACCUGCUUGCGGCCGGCGCCGGCCCCGCGCCCGCCCGCUCCCCGGAGCCCGCCGGGCCCGCGCCCUUCGCUCUGCCCUCGCUGCAGCUCGCCGCGGGCCGGGAGGGCGGCCCGAGCGCGGCCGAGCGGCGGCUGGAGGCGCUCACCCGAGAGCUGGAGCGGGCGCUGGAGGCGCGCACUGCGCGGGACUAUUUCGGCAUCUGCAUCAAGUGUGGGCUUGGCAUCUAUGGAGCGAGGCAGGCCUGCCAGGCGAUGGGGAGCCUGUAUCACACCGACUGCUUCACCUGCGACUCCUGUGGGAGACGGCUCCGUGGGAAGGCGUUCUACAACGUGGGCGAGAAAGUGUACUGCCAGGAGGACUUCCUGUACUCCGGGUUCCAGCAGACGGCUGACAAGUGUAGCGUGUGUGGACACCUCAUCAUGGAGAUGAUCCUGCAGGCCCUCGGCAAAUCCUACCACCCGGGCUGCUUCCGGUGCUCCGUGUGCAAUGAGUGCCUGGACGGGGUGCCCUUCACUGUGGACGUGGAGAACAACAUCUACUGUGUCAGAGACUAUCACACGGUUUUUGCACCAAAAUGUGCCUCCUGUGCCCGUCCUAUCCUCCCUGCACAGGGCUGCGAGACGACCAUCCGUGUCGUGUCCAUGGACAGAGACUACCACGUGGAAUGUUACCACUGUGAGGACUGCGGGCUGCAGCUGAGCGGGGAGGACGGACGCCGCUGCUACCCCCUGGCGGGCCAUCUGCUCUGCCGCCGCUGCCACCUGCGGCGCCUGCGGCCGGGCCCGCUGCCCUCGCCCACAGUGCACGUCACCGAGCUCUGAGCAGGAGCCGACCCCACCGCGUGGGUGUGGGUGCGGGGGACGGCCGCACGGGUGGCCCAGGUCAGUGUCAGGCGGGCUUCCACCGCGCCCCCACCCCGCACUCGGCACCGAGCUGCUGUCCGCGGGGGCCGGACCCCCGCGUUGAAGCUACUUCUAUUUAUUCACCGUCUGUGCCUCCUCAAGCCGUUUCCGGGCCCUGCUGCCUCCCACCCGCCCAGCACUGGCUUUCCGUUCCCGGACCCCCUUCUCCCCGGCCCACAGCCUCGGGACAGG